AUGACCAACAGGGGACGACAACCAACAGGGGACAACGACCAACAGGACACGACGACCAACAGGGGACAACGACCAACUGGACACGACAAACAACAGGACACGACAACCAACAGGACGACGACCACCAACAGGACGACGACCACCAAAAGGACACGACAACCAACAGGAGACGACGACCAACAGGGGACGACCACCAAAAGGACACGACAACCAACAGGAGACGACGACCAACAGGACACGACGACCAACAGGAGACGACGACCAACAGGAGACGACGACCAACAGGAGACGACGACCAACAGGAGACGACGACCAACAGGGGACAACGACCAACAGGACACGACGACCAACAGGGGACCACGACCAACUGGACACGACAAACAACAGGACACGACAACCAACAGGACGACGACCACCAACAGGACGACGACCACCAAAAGGACACGACAACCAACAGGAGACGACGACCAACAGGGGACGACCACCAAAAGGACACGACAACCAACAGGAGACGACGACCAACAGGACACGACGACCAACAGGAGACGACGACCAACAGGAGACGACGACCAACAGGAGACGACGACCAACAGGAGACGACGACCAACAGGGGACAACGACCAACAGGACACGACGACCAACAGGAGACGACGACCAACAGGGGACAACGACCAACAGGACACGACGACCAACGGGGGACAACGACCAACUGGACACGACAAACAACAGGACACGACAACCAACAGGACGACGACCACCAACAGGACGACGACCACCAAAAGGACACGACAACCAACAGGAGACGACGACCAACAGGGGACGACCACCAAAAGGACACGACAACCAACAGGAGACGACGACCAACAGGACACGACGACCAACAGGAGACGACGACCAACAGGAGACGACGACCAACAGGAGACGACGACCAACAGGGGACAACGACCAACAGGACACGACGACCAACAGGAGACGACGACCAACAGGGGACAACGACCAACAGGACACGACGACCAACAGGGGACAACGACCAACUGGACACGACAAACAACAGGACACGACAACCAACAGGACGACGACCACCAACAGGACGACGACCACCAAAAGGACACGACAACCAACAGGAGACGACGACCAACAGGGGACGACCACCAAAAGGACACGACAACCAACAGGAGACGACGACCAACAGGACACGACGACCAACAGGAGACGACGACCAACAGGAGACGACGACCAACAGGACACGACGACCAACAGGAGACGACGACCAACAGGAGACGACGACCAACAGGAGACGACGACCAACAGGAGACGACGACCAACAGGACAACGACCACCAAGAGGAGACGACAGGGCUAG